AACUUGGCGUUGUUUGUAUCUCUUGCCGUUGCAGUACUAAAACGAAUUACCAAAUUCCAUACAAAAAUAUAUAUAUCGUAAAACGAGUAUAAAAAUCUUAAACGAAAUGGCAAAUUUCAUGUGCUUUGUUAUCCUUUCGAUGGCUCUGUUCGCCAGUGUUGCUGUGGCGCGGCCAGGAUACGCUGUGGAUUACUAUGAUCAUCCCAAAUAUGCCUUCAACUACGGUGUGGCAGAUCAUACAACUGGCGAUGUGAAAUCCCAGCAUGAAACUCGCGAUGGUGAUGUUGUCAAGGGUCAAUAUUCGCUGGUCGAACCCGAUGGCUCCAUUCGCACUGUGGACUACACGGCUGAUCCCAUUCACGGCUUCAAUGCGGUUGUCACCAAGUCUGGCCCCACUGUGCACGCUCAAUCGCUGGUCACCAAACCAAUUGUGGCCCACAAGCCCAUUCUGACCCACUAUGAACCGCAUGUGGCUCCUGUGGCUGCUCCUGUGGUGGUCGCUUCCCCAGCGCCUUAUGUCAACAAGCAUUAUGCCCCCGCUGCCGCGCCCAUUCACUACGAUUACGAUGAUGGCUACUACAACCAGGCUCAGUACGAAUAUGUGCCACAAUACGAUGCCGGACACUAUGGUCACUAUGCGAGUCCCUAUGCGACAUCUCACUAUUAAGCAUCUCGGCUAAGCUAAGCGCAAUUUAGUUUGUAUAGAAGAAAUGACAAAAACAAAAUACAACUCUAGCUUGGAGUAUUUAUGUCGACCCUUUAAGCAGUUGUGUCGUUGCUACACAUUUUCGUUUUGAGAUCCACACAUACUGUCAACAUGCUGACCCACACACACACACAAACACACAGACACACACAUGACAAAUGACACACUGAAGCUGAGUAAGAUAAUAAUGAUAUGGAUGCUAAUUUAAGUUGUGAAUUUUUCUGUAAAAUAAAGUUUCAACAACAUUUUAUAAGUAA